UCCCGUUGGUUUACUGUUGGUUUACCGUUGGUUUACUGUCCCGUUGGUUUACCGUUGGUUUACUGUCCCGUUGGUUUACUGUUGGUUUACCGUUGGUUUACUGUCCCGUUGGUUUACUGUUGGUUUACCGUUGGUUUACUGUCCUGUUGGUUUACGGUUGGUUUAGUGUUGGUUCACUGUCCCGUCGUCUCCUUCCCUCGGCAGCGUUCCUCUCCCAGCCCAGGAUCUCGUUCAGCUUCUCCCAGGCGGCAGGGGGGUACGAGGGGGCCGUGACCUGCUGGACCUCCACAGGGAGUCCGCCCGCGUCCUUCAGCCUCUCCCUGGACGGACAGGAGGUGGCCUCCCACAACGCCACCGCCUCCAUGACGGUGACCUUCCCCGUCGCCAUGAAACCUGCGCAGGACAUGGCCGCUGCCCGGUGCCGGGUGAAGACCGACAUCCAGGACCUUUGGAGCGAGACGCAACCUCUGGUCGUAGUCCCGGUCGGCGGCCAUGUUGAGCUGGAGGUGGAGUAUCUCUACGGGGCAGACUCUAAGAUGGCCGCCGCCCAGCUGCACUGCCGCCCCGGCCGGGGAACCUUCCCCUCGUUCUCCUGGCUGCUGAACGGCGCCGGCCUCCCCGCUGACCUCCUUCCGGCGCCUCCUCUCCACGCCGCCGCCCCCCGCUACGGCCUGGUGGACGGGGGGCGGUCCCUCGUCCUCACCGGGGUGGCCCCCGGGGGGGGCGGGUCCUACCGCUGUCGGGUGAGGGACAGCUUCGAUGACUCCGCCCCCUGGUUCGAGAGUCCGGCCGUGCUGGUCAGACUGACAGCGGCCGCUCUGACCACCAUCGAGAUCAUCAGCAUCUCGUUCUGCUGCUUCCUGCUGCUGGUCUUAGUGGCGGGGGGGGUGUUUGUGAUGCUGAGGCUUGGGGACCGCCGACGGGCCAACAGUCGGCGCCCCUCCACCACACACUCAGGUCCCCGUCUGCCAGCAGCCUUGCCUUCUCUGACCGCUCAGAGAACCAGAGCUGGAGUCGGCUAUGAUGCCCAAACCACCACAACCAGUUCAUGA